CCUGAUCCGUCGCCGCUACCGGUUCUGCUGCCGUUGUGGCGGUUUAUUGGGAUCAGCCGACUGAUGGAAGCUUGUGCUCUUUAACUCCUGAAGGAGAUGCGGUCUCGUGCAGCAGUCAGAGCCUGCCAUAAGGUCUGCCGGUGCCUGCUGUCUGGGUUUGGCGGGCGAGUAGAUGGGGGGCAGCCGGAGCAGUUGACGGAAAGCAGUAGCUCUCGCGGAGGGCACCUGGGAUCGCACGCUGAGCUCCCCCGGGACGGCGAGCCGACCGAAGCCCCCGAGUCUGGAGAGGCAAGCGAGGAGCUCUUAGAGAUCUGUCAGAGAAGGCAUUUCCUAAAUGGAACCAAGAGGCAGCUUAGCCGAGAUUCUCUUCUGAGCGGGUGCCACCCUGGCUUUGGACCCUUGGGCAUAGAGUUGCGGAAGAAUCUUGCCUCAGAAUGGUGGUCCUCGGUGGUGGUGUUCAGGGAACAGGUCUUCCCUGUGGACGCCCUCCACCACGAACCAGGCCCUUCACUGCCCGGGGACAGUGCCUUCAGGUUAGUCUCUGCAGAAACUCUACGAGAAAUCUUGCAAGACAAAGAGCUGAGUGAGGAACAGCUAGUGGCUUUUCUUGAGAACUUAUUAAAAACUUCUGGGAAACUACGGGAGAACCUUUUUCACGGUGCCUUGGAGCACUAUGUAAAUUGCCUGGAGCUGGUAAACAAGAGGCUACCUUACGGCCUUGCUCAAAUUGGAGUGUGUUUUCAUCCUGUUUCUGACACUAAGCAGAUACCUGAUGGUGUUAAAAGAAUUGGUGAGAAGACUGAAGCUUCAUUGGUGUGGUUUACUUCUCCAAGAACUUCAAGCCAAUGGCUUGAUUUCUGGUUACGUCAUCGACUCCUGUGGUGGAGAAAGUUUGCUGUGAGUCCAUCCAACUUCAGCAGCAGUGACUGUCAGGAUGAAGAGGGACGGAAAGGAAACAAACUUUACUACAAUUUUCCCUGGGGAAAGGAACCAAUUGAAACCCUGUGGAAUCUAGGAGACCAUGAACUUUGUGUUCUGUCUAUAAAUGGGGAUCUAGACCAAGGCGUGCUGGCCUACCUCUACGAUUCUUUCCAGCUGACAGAGAAUUCCUUUACAAGAAAGAAAAAUCUUCAUAGAAAGGUACUUAAACUCCACCCUUGUCUAGCCCCUGUUAAGGUUGCUUUGGAUGUGGGAAGAGGCCCAACAGGGGAACUGAGACAGGUUUGUCAAGGGGUAUUUAAUGAAUUACUAGAAAAUGGGAUUUCUGUGUGGCCUGGUUAUUUGGAAACUGUACCAUCCUCAUUGGAACAGCUUUAUUCAAGGUAUGAUGAAAUGAGUAUUCUCUUCACAGUUUUGAUUACUGAAACUACUUUGGAAAAUGGAUUAAUACAGCUGAGAAGUAGAGACACCACAAUGAAGGAAAUGAUGCAUAUAUCCAAAUUAAAAGACUUUUUAAUCAAGUAUAUAUCAUCGGCUAAGAAUGUAUAG